CCGCGACAAUCGCACAAUCUCCCACUUCGAAAUCCGACUAAGAAUGUGUUUUCCGGCAAUAUUAUGGCCUGGGCCUUGCGAAAGCUCGUCCAGCUUUGUCUACUCCCCAGCUCAGCCCCCGCUCUUUGGCUCUCGAAUGAGAUUUGAACCGUCAAAUCGCCAUCAGACAAACGAACAAACAAACACAAGCAACAAACAUGCCUUCAUCUCAAAACAAGUCUGAGCUUUCGCCCCGCGAGUCCCGUGUCAUCGGCGCGCUGCUGGGCGUCCAUGCCGGCGAUUCGCUGGGCGCAACGCUCGAGUUCAAGACUCAUGCGGACAUUGCGCGUGAAUACCCUCUCGGUCUCCGUGAGAUCGUAGGCGGAGGCCCGUUUCGAUGGUCGCAGGGCCAUGCAACAGACGAUACUGAUAUGACUCGUGGCGUACUCCUUGCAUACCACGACUACAAGGCCGGCGACGACGUCGCGCACCUCGCUGGCGAUUAUUUCAUCAGUUGGCUUCACGGCGACUGGCCAGGCAGGCGACCGGGAAGUCGACCUGAGGACAUUGGAGGGGCAACCGCUACUGGGCUUAUGCGCUAUGAACAGACGCAAGAUCCUGAUCGCGCCGGAGCUGGAGAAGGAAGUGCUGGGAAUGGAAGCUUGAUGCGCUGCAUCCCGACCGGCCUGUUCCAACGCGAUCCCCAGAAGUUGGUCGAGGAAAGCGUGCGUAUCAGCAAGAUCACCCACGACGACAAGAGAUGCACGGUCGCAUGUGCAGCCUACAACACGAUUGUGUCGAAACUCAUCGACCAAGUCGCCCCUCAAGAGGCCAUUGAGGCAGGUCUCCAAGUCGCAGAAACUCUUGAAGUAGGCUAUGGCCCAGUAUAUCAAUCGAUUGAACUCGGCAAAUCUCUCAACAUAGCAACAAUGGCUGCGAAAGGACCUGUACCUGAACUGGGAGGGAGAUGCAGUGGAUAUGUCCUCGAGUCACUGAGCCUCGCGAUUGCUGCGGUCCUCGACACUCGCAGCUUGGAGGAUAUUGUGGUGGACGUUGUUCGCAUUGGCUGGGAUACAGACACAAACGGGGCGAUCGCGGGAGGAAUACUGGGAGCUCGAGAUGGAGCAGCGGCUAUUCCUCCCCAGUGGAGAUCGGUCUUGCAAUUUGGUCGUGAGUUUGAAAAUGCGGCUUUGAGUAUCUUCGAAAAGAAAGCCGCAUGAGAUCGUUACGAGUACGUUGGCUGCCGUUGGCGUCCCAAUUCAGCAUAUGUUCAAUAUAUAAUAGAAGGUUGAAGACUCAUGAAUAAACUAAUUUGAUGUUUUUCAUAUGCC